CAAGGAUGAUUUGUUUCCCAUAUGACUCCCCCCAUGCAGGCCAAGCGAAGUGUAUUCGCUUGUUUUUGGAGCUCAAUAUAAUCUCUAAAGGCUUUGGGUUCGCUUUGGUCUCGGUCUCAUCCUUGCUCAUAGCACCAUACCAGGGAGACCAAGGCUAUUCAUCAAAAGCACGCUUGAACCCAAGGCGGUAAAUCCCAAAAAAAAUAAAAGAUUAAAUUCAGAUAACACAAUGGCAGCAAGAAAUAGAAAUUUCAUCUUCUUCUUGUCCUUUGCUAUCAUUAUCCCAACCUUACUAGCCCACAUGGGUGAUUUCGAUGAUUACUGGAACCAGCGGGAGGUCGAGGCCAUCGAACACGCUAACAUGGCCUAUAACCCUCGCCCUGAGGAAGUUACUGAACACUUCAAUGAGCAUGUAGCAAGGACAUUGGCUGAGUGGAAACAUAACAGCACAAGAAGAGAGUUGAAGAUGAAGGGUUUACGUAAAGGAUCAUGCAGGGCAACCAACCCUAUUGACAAGUGCUGGCGCUGCGACCCCAACUGGGCCAACAACAGGAAGAGGUUAGCCGACUGCGCUCUCGGAUUCGCUAAAGGCACCAUUGGUGGAAAGAUGGGCAUGAUCUAUGUGGUGACUGAUGGGUCAGAUGACGAUGUUGUAAAUCCUAAACCCGGAACCUUACGCCAUGCAGUCAUCCAAAAAGAGCCACUCUGGAUCAUCUUUGCCCGCAGCAUGAUUAUCAAACUCAAGCAGGAGCUUAUCGUCACCAGUGACAAGACCAUCGAUGCUAGAGGCGCCAACGUACACAUUGCUUAUGGUGCAGGCAUCACUGUCCAGUUUGUUAAGAAUGUCAUCAUUCACGGACUCCACAUUCACGACAUUGUUCCGUGUGAGGGCGGUAUGAUUAGGGAUUCGGUUGAUCACAUUGGGUUCAGAACAAAGAGUGAUGGUGAUGGCAUUUCCGUCUUCGGAUCCUCCUACAUUUGGAUCGACCAUAUCUCAGCUUCCAACUGCUUUGAUGGUCUGAUUGAUGUUGUUCAGGGCUCCACCGCCAUAACCAUCUCUAACUGCCAUUUCACCCACCACAAUGAGGUGAUGUUGUUUGGAGCAAGUGACUCCUACAGCGAAGAUACCAAGAUGCAAAUUACUGUGGCUUUCACCCACUUCGGUAGGGGUUUGGUUCAAAGGAUGCCCAGGUGCCGCUGGGGCUUCAUCCAUAUUGUCAACAACGAUUACACUCAUUGGCUUAUGUAUGCCAUAGGAGGUAGCUCCCACCCAACCAUCCUCAGCCAAGGCAAUCGAUUCAUUGCUCCUCCAAACUUGGCUGCCAAAGAGGUAACUAAGAGAGACUAUGCAACGCCACAACAAUGGGCAAGCUGGCCAUGGAGGUCAGAGGGAGACCUUAUGUUGAAUGGGGCAUUCUUCAAUGAAUCUGGGGAUCCCUCUGCCACCAAGAAAUUCUCGAGCCAGUACAUGGUGACUCCGUACUCUGCAACUCAGGUGCCUCUGCUCAGAAAGUUCUCUGGCGCGCUUACCUGCUUCACUAACAAGCCUUGUUAGACAAUUUUUCCGAUUUUGUUUGCAAUUAUAGAUGACUUGUAAGCUCGAGGUCAGACACCAGUUAAAACAGAUGAUAAUAGAGAAAGGAUUAAUUAAAGAAGGAAGAAGAAGUGAGAGGAUGACAUUAUUAUUUUAUGUUGUUGUUGUUAUUGUGGUUUUUUUUUUCUUUUUUUUUUCUUUUUGUUUUUUUAUUUAUUUAUUUUCUUUCUUUGAUUCUUGGAAUAAUGGUUUGGGCAUAGG